UUGGGACAAUGUUUCUGCUACUUGGAACAUGGCGAAUGUACAAAGUAUUCAAAAGAAAAAAGGACACCAUGCUCAAGCAGAAAUACUUUAAAACAACAACAUUUGUCUAGCAAUGGAAGUACAGUUGAAAAGGUAAAGUUGUUUACUUCAAUGGAGAUAGAAAAGGCCACUGAUUACUAUAAUGAGAAUCGAAUCCUUGGUCAAGGAGGUCAAGGAACUGUUUAUAAAGGAAUGUUAACAGACGGAAGCAUAGUGGCUAUUAAGAAGUCUAAAAUGGUGGAAGGGAAGAAUUUUGAUGAAAAGAAGGUUAAACAAUUCAUCAAUGAAGUGAUAAUUUUAUCUCAAGUUAACCAUAGGAAUGUGGUUAAACUUUUAGGGUGUUGUUUAGAAGCCGAAGUUCCAUUGCUAGUGUAUGAGUUCAUCCCAAAUGGAACACUUUAUAAUCUCAUUCAUAGUCAAAAUGAGGAAUUUCCAUUGACAUGGGAAAUGCGUUUACGGAUUGCAAUUGAAAUUGCCAAUGCUGUGUUUUAUUUGCAUUCAGCUGCAUCUGUUCCUAUUUAUCACCGAGACGUCAAAUCAAGCAACAUACUUUUGGAUGAUAAAUACAAGGCAAAAGUGUCAGACUUUGGAACUUCGAGAUCAAUUGCACUUGAACAAACUCAUUUAACAACUCGAGUGCAAGGAACUUUUGGUUACAUGGAUCCGGAGUACUUUCGAUCAAGUCAAUUUACAGAGAAAAGUGAUGUUUAUAGUUUUGGGGUUGUUCUUGUUGAACUUUUAACUGGACAAAAGCCCAUCCCUACAAAACAAUCAGAGGAUGUGAGAGGCUUGGUAUCUCUGUUUCUGCUAUCAAUGCAGGGGAAUUCCUUAUUUGACAUUGUAGUAAAUGAUGGCCCAGAAAAAGAGAUUAUAGAAGUGGCUAAGCUAGCAAAAAGAUGCUUGAAUCUUAAUGGGAAAAAAAGACCCACCAUGAAACGAGUGGCAAUGGAGCUGGAGUUGAUUAAAGCAUCAAAAGAAGAUAAUGUUAUUGAGGGAAGUAGUGAUGAGGAAUCUGAAACAGAUGACAUAAUUGAAUCCUGGGACGACAUUGCUUCUUAUUCAAUUACCGAAUCAUUUGAAAUAGAUAGCGAAACUGUACCAUUAAAUUCAUCUUUUUAA